AUGAAGGCCGCCGUCGCCACCGAUGUCACCGUCGACCUGGCGGGCCUCGACUGCACCCUCUGCCUUGCCCUCCUACGGCCUCCGGUCUUCCAGUGUGCCGCUGGUCAUGUUAUUUGUUCGACCUGCUAUGAGAAGCUCCUCGAGAACGACUAUUGCCAGCUGUGCUCGGUCAGCGCCAGCUACAGCAGGUGCUUUGCAGUAGAGCGUGUCCUGCAGUCUGUCAAGGUCCCAUGCUCCAAUGUUGGGUAUGGUUGCAUGGCCAAGAUGCCCUACUACGAGAUCGAGGAUCACGAGAUGAACUGCCUGAAAGGAGUACGUGACUUCAGUGGAUCAAACACCGUGCAGUCCAUGCCCCUGCACCAUGGGUUACCAACUGACCACUACACACUUCUGAUCCCAAAGGUUUCUCCAUCCGUAAGAAUGAACAUCAGUAUCAACAAUCGCGAGAGCAAGAUCAGCAAUCGUGAUGACAAGAAGAUGCAUGAUAAGAAGAGCUCAACUUGUGAUCAUAAGAGUUCAACGGGAUCUGUUGUGAAGAUGGGUCCUUGUGGAGGUGGUGGUGGCAAUGCUUGGAAGAUGGACCUGCGUGGCGUCAACCGCAUUGUGAAGGUGGUUGUCCGCCACGGCGUCGCGGUUGAUGCCAUGUCGGUGUUCUAUGAGCAGGAAGGCAAGGAGAAGAAGACCAAGCUCUGGGGAGGAACCGGUGGAAAAAGCUCGGAGAUUUGCCUGAAGCCGGGCGAGUAUUUGACAAGCGUCAAAGGUCACUACGGCUUCUAUAACAACUGGUUCGUCAUCCGGUCACUUACUUUCGUGAGCAACCGUCGCAAUUUCGGGCCAUUUGGGAAGGAGGAAGGGGCGCCAUUCAAGCUCCCUGCGACUGGUGGAAAGAUCAUUGGCUUCCACGGGCGCUCUGGUGGCCUCCUGGACGCUCUUGGCACCUAUGUCCAGAUGGGCUAG